AUGGUCGCUGCCCUGAACUUGGUCACCGACACGAACGCCCUUAGCGACCAGCCGCCGGCGCUGAGCGACGGCGCGUGCGGGUAUGCCGCCGAGGUCCCGCUGCCGCCCGUGGCGAUUUACUUCUCGUACCCUGGGACUGGCGAGGUCUACGCCAGGUGGCCGCCGUCUCCAAGCGACGGCGGGGCCGCCAUCGAGUUCUACGAGCUGACCAUGAACAACGGCUGGGCCGCGACCAACGCCCCGGACGACCGCGACCACAUCGUGCAGGACUGCGACCAGGGCGACGUCGUCUCGUUCCAGGUGCGGGCCCGGAACGCCGUCGGCUGGGGCGAGUACAGCUCGGCGUUUUCCGCCGUCUGCGCGGCGGCCCCGCCGAUGAUGGACCCUGUGCAGAGGACGAUCUCGACGCGCACGUCCAUCAAGGUGGAGUGGUCGCCCCCGUCGGUGGACGGCGGCGCGCCGGUGUCGAGCUACCGCCUUUACAGGGCUACGGGCAACGGGGCGUUGUACCAGGUGUACGCGGGCACCGACACCGAGUUCGAUUCCGUCGGGCUGGCCACGGGCACGACGUAUCGGUUCGUGGUCACCUCGGUGAACGUCGCUGGCGAGGGGCCCCAGCACGAGCCUGUUCAGAUGCUGUGCUCGGGCACUCCAGGAGCGCCGGUGGACUUCCAGAUCUCGCAGGUGUCGAGCUUCGAGGCGGUGGCCAGCUGGACGCCGCCAGCCGACGAUGGAGGCACUGAGAUUAUUCGGUACGAGAUCUGGUACACCGACGACAUGUCCGCAGGAGCAGCGAUCGACAGGCUCGCCUGGAGUGGUUCUGGCACCGUCUCGGACGUCCUCGUCUUCUCGUCCGGCACGUCCCUGAAGGUGCAGGUCGCGUCGGUCAAUGUCAUCAACGAUCAGAACUACAUCCCCGGCACGAGGGCGGACGCCAUCACGCACUACAUGGCGGUGCCGUCGCAGCCGCCCGUUGUGUACCUGGCCGCGUCCACGCUCCUCUCGGUGACCCUCGCCUGGAGCGAGCCCGCGGACACGGGCGGGCUGCCGCCCACCAGCUACACGGUCCACGUGGACGACGGUCUUGGUGGGCCGUUCACGCAAGUGUACAAUGACAACUUGUUGACCUACACCCACGUUGGGAUGGCGACGCGUGCAGCGCUGCAGUUUGUGGAGCAGUUUGUUCUCAUGUCGCCACCAGCCCGCCUGGCCGCGCGGGCCGGGAUGGCGCUGCGCGGGGGCGGCAUGGGCGGGACGGCCAGGAGGCGGCAGCUCGGCGCGCUGCUGCGGAAAGGGCUGCUGUCGCGCCGGCGGCGCUGGGUGUCCUCGCUGGCGGAGCUGCUGCUGCCUGUGGUGCUGGCGCUUCCGCUCGCUGGAGUGAGGGUGCUCGGCGGCGACGAGGUCGUGCCCGUCAAGACCAGCGUGGAGCGCGCCGUGGAGCUCGGCGACCCCUUCGCCACCAGGUACGCCGCGAGGCUCUGCAGGGGCGGCGCCAUCUUCGCGGUGGCCCCGGAGGGCCGUCUCGGGCGCGAGUUCCGGGCCUUCCUCCGAGGGCGCUUCGCGCUGCUCGGGGUGUGGCCGUUUGGUUGGCCGAGGCUUGUGCCCUUCCCGAGCAGGGAGGAGGUCGACGGCUACGUGGCCCUGGACGACUACGGCAGCAAGGCCCGGCCAGCCCUGUGCGGGGCCAUCAGCUUCGACGACGAGCUCGGUGGCCAGUACACGCUGCGUCUCAACGGCACCAUCGGCGGCAACAGGAACGCCCCGUGCGGCGGAGUGGACACGCGGAGGACCACGACUGGCCGCGCCAUUGACGCCAAGCUCACGUCGAAAGAUUGGUACGCGUGCAGCGGAUUCCUGGCGCUGCAGAAGCUGGCCGACGAGUUCCUGCUGGAGCGGCAGGGGAUAUCCACGGAGGGCCCCUGGCGCCUCGACCUGACCGCGGUACCCUUCCCCACGCCAUCGUACAAGAGCCGGAACGCGCUGUCCGCCGCGCGUGAGGUGAUCGCUCUGGCGAGCGUGCUGUUCUUUGCCUACGCGGCGGGGCAAGCAGCGGGACGUGUCGUGGCCGAGCGCGAGAUGAAGCUGCUGGAGGCGAUGAAGCUGAUGGGACUGGAGGACCACGUGCGCUUUAUAGCGCACGUUGCCGAAGUGAUGCCUAUGUUUGCCAUAUAUGGCGCGGAGUUUGGGGUGUCGCUGUCGCUGUGCGUCUUCACACGAUCCUCGCUGGUCCUGCUGGUCACGUUCUUCUCGGCGGCUGGGCUGGCCAUGGCGACGAUGGCGCUUGCUGCCUCGGCCUUGUUCGGCAUCGCCAAGACUGCGUCACUGUCCGUGGUCGUGGGGUCCUUCCUCCUCAGCAGGUUCCCGGUGCAGUCGGCCUGGGCGUGUCUGUUGCCGCCUGUCGCGCUGACGCAGGGUCUCAACCGGAUCGUUGAAUUCGAGCUGCAAGACAUUGGAUUGCAGCGUUCGAACAUUUGGGAUGAGCUCGGCUUCAGCUGCUCCAUGGGCUUCUUGCUGGCGCUUCAGAUUGUAAGCGUACCAUCGUACCUGGCCAUUUGGAUUUAUCUAGAGCGCGUUGUCCCACGCCAGUACGGGACGGCCCCGUGCCCUUGGUACCGGCCUUGGGAGCUUGCGGCGGCGAUCCCGUCAGGCCGCGCGGGGGCUCUGGCGGGGGCCGUGAAGCGGCAGCGCGUGUCGUCGGGUGCCGCCAGCGUCGUCGAGGACUCGAUGACGGUGGACUGCAUGGUCGAAGUCAGUGACGUCCGCAAGGAGUUCGUGGUGGAGGGCCGGCGCAGGUCGCACACGAUCGUUGCUGUGCGAAGCUUGGACUUAGGCAUGGCCGAGGGCGAGAUCCUUGCGCUGCUGGGCCACAAUGGCGCUGGCAAGUCCACCACGGUGGGCAUGCUGACAGGCGUUCUGCGCCCCACACGCGGCAGGGUCACAGUGUACGGCUGCGACGUCGCAUUGCAGCCAGCGGAGGCACGAAGGCACCUGGGCGUGUGCCCGCAGUACGAUAUCCUCUUCGAGGACCUCACCGCCGCGGAGCACCUGGAGCUGGCGUGGGCCCUGAAGGGUGCGGGCAAGGGAUCCGCGGUCACCUGCGAGGGCCUGCUGCACGACGUCGGGCUCAGCGGCGCCCUGGGCACCGCUGUUCCCGCGGGCGCGUUGUCUUCUGGAAGGCGGCGCGCCCUUAACGUCGCUCUGGCGUUCGUAGGCGAUCCACGCUUCCUCGUGCUGGACGAGCCCACCAGCGGCAUGGACCCCUUCGUGCGGCGCUCGAUGUGGGACGUGCUGAAGCGCUCCCGGCCUCGCCGCGCCAUCUGCCUCAGCACGCACUACAUGGAGGAGGCGGAGAUGCUCGGGGACCAGGUGUGCAUCAUGUCCGCGGGCGCAAUGCAGUGCUACGGCUCCCCCGACUGGCUGAAGGUGCGCCUCGGCAGCGGCUACACGCUCAGCCUCAGCCGCGCCAGCUCCAGCGGCAACGGCAGGACGCCCUCAGAGUCGAGCACGCGGCUCGCCCUGGAGCAGCUCCUGGAGCGGCUGCCGACCGAGGCGCUGCGCAGGGAGGCCGCGCGCGGCGGGCUGCGCGUGGCCGGCUGCACGGCCGCGGAGGCGGUGCUGAGGCUGCCGUUCCAGGCGGCCCAGGAGCUGCCGGCCCUGCUGCGGUAUCUGGACGAGCAGAAGCACGGGCUCGGCUUCGCGUCUCUGACGGUCAGCGCAACGACGCUCGAGGAGCUCUUCGUCCGCCUCGCCGACGGCGAGGCUGGCGCUGCCCCUGCGCCGCCGCAGUCCUCUCCCCCGGCGCCCGCGGGCACGGCCGCGGUGGCGCGAGGCGCACCAGCCCCGAUGGCGAUGGGCACCGCCGCCAGCAUGUCCGCGCUGGUCGCGGAGCUCGCGCGGCCGUCGGAGGCGGCGCGGGGGCUGGCGGUGCGCCAGGCGGGCGCGCUGCUGCAGCGGAGGUGGCUGUCCGUGCAGCGCAACAAGCGGUCCUUGCUGUGCAUGUGUCUGCUGCCGCUGGCGUUCAACGCGAUCGGGCUGGCGUCCAUCUGGUCCAGCUUCGAGCUCGACUCGCCGCCGCUUGAGCUGCUGGGAACGGCGGCCGACCUCAACCCCAAGUUGGGCGGCGCGGAGCCUCGAGCUGUCCUGCCCUUCGGCGCAAUAGGGAGUUCCUGGCAGAGCGCGCGCCCGUACCAGCUGCUGCAAGGAGGGAUGCGCAUGGGCGUGUGGAACAAGCUGGAUUAUCUGCGUGCGGAUUUGCCCACGAACAAAUCCCUCUGGCGUGCUGUGACGCCCAGGCGAUGGCGGGAGGCCGUGCAGAUCGAGGUCCUGUCCGAGAGCGGCGGCCAGGGCGGCGUGGAUGGCGUCGUCGAUCUGAGUAAGUACAGGGAGAUGCGCGAGAAGGGCGCCCCGGAGUUCGUGAUCCGGAAGGUGAUGGAGAAGGAUGGCGUCCCGAGCGGUGCCGUGCAGCAGUUCUUCGCCGACCCUGGCCUCAGCCCCGUCCCCGGCACCGCGCAGGGCGACAACGGCAGCGUGCGUGUGGCCGUCGGGCUGCAGGACAGGGCGCAGAUCUCGGUGGACUCGGCCCGGCAGGAGGCCACCCUGGAGUUCAAGUUCGGGCAGGCGCCCCUGAGGGCCGACGUCGCCCGGGCCAAGCUGCAGAGGGAGGAGCUCGCCGCCUGCGCCAGCGGCGGCCCAGGCCGAGCAGCGCUGGCGGAGCUGGCCACGGAGAAGCUGGGCGAGGAUCGGCGCGGCAUGGGCAUCUCUUGGUUCCCCCAGGAUAUGCAGUCGGGCGGCGCGCCACCCUUCGCCCAACGCGCAUUCCUCGAGCAGUCGGGGGUCUCGCCAGAGGACGUCAAGACUCUGAUCGCCACCAUUUCCGCGGACUCCGUGCCCCCAGAGUUCAGGGGGCAGCUUGAGCGGUGCGCGCGCUGGCAGGCGUUCGCGCUGGCUCUUCUCAACUCCUCAGAUAAGCAGGCGGCCUCGCGGUACGGCGCCUUCUUCAUUGAGGCGACGCGGCCGGCGCUGCGUCGCGCCCGCCUCGCGGUCUUCUACAACGGCUCCGCCCCGCACAGCGCCCCGCUCUUCCUUGGCCAGCUGCAGCGGGCCAUCGUCGCGUCGGGCGCCCGCUCCGCCGUGGCGGCGAGGGAAGCCGCCCGCGGGGUGCGCGUCGUGAACUGGCCGCUGCCGCUGACGAAGUGGCAGCGCGAGAAGGCGUUCUCCUCCCAGGGCUUCACGUUUUUCACCAUGUCGCUCAUCGGUGCCGCUUUCCUGCCCGCCAGCGUUGCGGCGGACGCCUCGCGUGACGUCUGCGGUGGGAUUGUGCGGCAGCAGCAGGUUGCGGGUGCCCCCGCCUCUGUCUUUGUCGCUGCGGGGUGCGUCGCCGACACCUUGCUUGUGCUUCCCCCACUGCUCACGCAGCUCUUUUUCAUCAAGGCGUUUGAGCUGGCGGUGUUCGUCGACUGCCUGAACGUCGUGGCGGUGCUGCUUGCGCUAUACUCGGUGGCUUCUGUUUUGCAGGCAUACGCCCUGGUCCCCAGCUUCAGGACUCCCAGCGCGGCGCAGAAUGCGGCACUCGCGCUGAACGUGGGCGCUGGCUUCAUCAUGGGCGUCAUUUGCUGGAUCCUUUGCAUCCCCUUCCUGGGAUCCACCGCCAACAGGCUGGGGCGGGCAGUGGAGCUGCUUGGGCGCCUCUCCCCCGCCUUCAACCUGGCGAACGCCAUCCUCACCAUCCCCGGCACCGCGCUGCCGGGCUUCAGCUCCGUCCACGGCCUGGACCCUCUGGACUGGCGGGUGACCGGCGAGGCCCUGGCUGCGCUCGCCGCCAACAUCGUGGCCUUCGGCUCCGUGGCUGUGCUCAGGUCAUGGGGCGGCGGCCCAAAGUUCCCGACCCGCACGGCGGCUGCGGUCGCCGCCGCGGGCGGCAGGACGCCAGGAGCGGGCGGCCCGGUGUUCCUGACGGAGGAUCCGCGUGCUCCGCCGGAGGUGCUCGAGGAGCGCCAGGCGACCGAGCGGGAGCUGCAGCCAGGCCGCGCAGCCGCAGAUAGCGCGGCACUGGUCGUUAGCGAGCUCUCCGUGUCCUUCCUCCGCGGCGGCGGCCGCGCCUGCGGCUCGCGGUGCUGCGGCUGGCGCGCCUGCGAGGAGCAGCCUGCGCUCGGGCCGCUGUCGCUGGUGGUGCCGCGCGGCGCCGUGCUCGGGCUGCUGGGCGUGUCCGGCAGCGGCAAGUCAGUGGCCCUCCGCUGCCUGGCGGGCGCCCUGCCGGCGGAGGCCGCCGUGCGCGGCUCGGCCAGGUUAUGCGGCCGGGCGCUGCUGGGCCGAGCUCGGCGCCGACAGGCAGGCGAGGCGGGCUGGUGCCCGCAGGACGACAACCAGCUGUCUCCGGGGCUCACCGUCGGCGAGCAGAUCCGCCUCUUCGGGCGCCUGCGCGGCCUCCGCGGCCCUGGGCUGGAGGAGGAGGCGCGCUGGCUGGUUCGCGCGCUGGACCUCGGAGCCUACGACGAGCCCCGCGCCUGGGCACCUCCUGAUCGCGACGAUGACGACGACGACGACGACUAG